CGAACUUGUCGAACGUUAGUGGAUGUAGUGUACAGACGCUUUCAUAAUUUAAUUUUAAAUAAAUACGACCAAUUUGACAAACAUAGUAAAAUAUGGGUCUUAAUAAUUUUAGUGAUUAUGGUAGUGGUUCUUCGUCGGAAUCGUUCACGCCAUGGGGAAGCCACGACACGUGGUCUGAAUUUCAGUCACUGUUACAAGAACCAGACAACACAAGAAGGCCGAGAUCAUCGAGCUUCACGGAUAUGUUGUCACCAGGCUUCUCUAUCGAUGCUAUAAUGCAAGAAUUCAGGCAAAACGGAUCCGACUCCCCCUACGACCCCGAGGAUGAAACGUUGAUCAAUUUUAAUAGCAGAGCGCUUGGCGGUAUGGGUCCAUCAAACGCAUACCUUCGUCAGAAGUCGUGGCCUGCUCCUGAGGCAUCCCCGUCUGUAUGUCUGCAGCAACCAGCGGAGAUCAAACGAAGCGCUGCUGAGAUUAUGUUAUCUGUGACUCCUGCUGAAGUUUCAUCGACACCAGAACCGUUGCCAGUAUUGGAGUCACAUGUGAUCAGCGAGCAACAGCUGCGGGUACUGAGUUCACUUCCCAACUCCGUGUUGUACUCGCUGCUGAAAGAGCUCGAACAGAAUCGCUUGCAGCUUGCGGCGCCUAGUAAGCAAGUCGAGGAAAUGGAGUGUCGCUUCUGCAAGAACAACGGCGAGCGCGAGUCGUACUACCGCUCGCACCGCCUGCGCGUGCGCGGCCGCGUGGCGUGCCCCGUGCUGCGCGCCUACCGCUGCCGGCGCUGCGGCGCGCGCGGCGACCACGCGCACACGCUCAAGUACUGCCCGCUCGCCACCGCCGACGAGCGCAUGAAGUCGGCGGCGAUGCUGCGCAGCGUGCGGCUCGCGUCGGGCCGGCGCCGCGCCGCGCCCGCCGCGCGCCCCCCGCGCGCCGCCCCCGCGCCCCUCGCCGCGUGCGAGGCGCCACUCGAUCCUAUCUGGGAGGCGUUGGAGAAGAAACUUAUGCUGUGAGCGAGCACCGAAUUAUAUUCUAUAUUUUGUAUAAUGCAUAUUAUGAAAAUUAUCACGUUUGAUUUUUUAAUAGGAAUUGUCGAGUGCCAUUUGUUAAUCGAAUCGGCUCAUAGAUGGCGCUAGUGGUUAUGUCAUAACGAUCAUGUUUUUUUUUUCUUUUUUUUAUAUGUGGCGAUACUCGUGUAUUGUAAUUUUGUUUUUCUUAAAUUAAUAUUGACGAUAUUAUUAUAUUAGUGAACGACGAUCGAAGUCCCGAUGUCAUUGAAGGUAUUUUAUAUGAUUAUAUUAGUAUUGUACAUCCGAUUGCUUUGUACGGCACAAAGUUAUUAUAUUAUCAAUUUAUUAUUUUUUCGUUACUUGAAUCGUAUUGAGUAACGGUUUUAAAUCUAGACAAAACUUUUUGAAACUUCCAAACGAUAUUUUGUAUUUUUGUUCAAUGAAUCAAUUUAAUUCAGUCAUCUGACUUUGGCGGACGUUUUAAUAAAUGAAAUUACGUAAACGCGAAUACAUUUUAGCGUUCAAUCGUAAAUAAUUGGUCACUAAAAUGUUUAUGAAAUCUGUAAUCGAGCAUAAAAUUAAAUUUUAAAACAAACUUCAAAUACGACAUUAAAAAAAUCUUUGUUAAUCGAAUUAAAAA